AAAUAUACCAGUCUUGUCAAAUUUUUACAUUUUUCACUAUUCCCUCUUUUUCUAUUUACCCUAAAAAUGGCCAAUUCUAGUAAAGAUCAUGGAAAUGAAAUGCAUGAUACAAAUGAAUCAGCUUUACCAGAUCACAAAGCAUGUACGGAUCGGAUUCUCAAAUUAAACACAAAAGUGAUGACAUACGACUACCGUGUCCCGCUAGCAUGCGACGCCACCAAAGCAAUGGGGCUCAACUCUUACUUUUUGAAUUUGCGCGAAGAACUGCUCUGUGCAGGUAAAAUUAAUCUACGAGAAAGAAAAACGAAAAUGUAUAAAUUAUUGAUGGAGGAUUUUUUGAGGGAAGAAAAAGAAUUGAACGAAGUCGAUUUGGGAUAUAUUGAAAUGCAUCCUUAGUUUAUAAAUAAAACUGCAAAUUUUUAAAGCGAAAGUCAAUAUAUUUUAUUGAGAAUUACACAGAAAGUGCUGGCUAAUAAUAAAUAAAGUACAAAAAGAACACAUUAUUAAAUAGCUGUCAAGUGAUGCUUUUGUUCCAAAACCAAUUUAAGAAAAAUAUAAAUAAUUAUUAUGUAUAACACACAAGAGAAAAAUGCAGCAGAGAACUUUUAAGCUAAAGCCACAAUACAUUUUUUGAACCAUAUAUUUUUUUUUAGGACAGCUUAAAGCUUAAGCUAGAAGUAAAUAUUUAAUAUAUAUUUUUUUAAAUAAAUCUUUUGUAUAUAUAGUGAUUAUAUAUUUUUAAGCCUUAACCUUAAGAGUACUAGUUUUGGAAAAGGGUGCGCGUAAAAUCUAUAUAAUCCAAUGCUCCAGCGAUUGGUCGUUCCGUUUUCGGUUCCAGGAAAGGUUUCAUCCUGGCUACACAGUAAUCAGCCAUCUCUUUGGUAAGAUUCUAGAAAAAAAAUUGUAUGUUUAACCUUUAAAUCUUGU